GCAGCACUAAACCGUCUUGCAUUGAAGUCUCUUUUUAAGUAAACCAUCAUUCAAAAUGUCUGUCUCCGCCUCCAAAGCCAAGAGAGAAGCCAAGAGAAUUGCAGCCGGUAAGAAGCCAAAGAAGGCUGCCGUCACUGCCGAAGAAGAAGCCGCCGCUGCCAUCGCUAAGAUGAAGUUGCAGGAAGAUGAGUUUGGGAUUUCCGACCGUGUCACCACCGGUGUCUUGGACUCCUUAGGGACUUCAAGAGAUAUUAAGUUGUCUUCUGUCUCCUUGUUGUUCCACGGUAAGGUGUUGAUUCAGGACUCCACCUUGGAAUUGAAUUACGGGCGUCGUUAUGGUUUGUUGGGUGAAAACGGUUGUGGUAAGUCUACGUUAUUGAGAUCUAUCGCAGCCAGAGAAUUCCCAAUUCCAGCACACUUUGACAUCUACUUGUUGAACGAGCCAGCUGAGGCAUCUGAGUACUCUGCCUUGGAGUAUGUUGUGCGUGAAGCCGAAAUCGAAUUAAAGAGAUUGGAAGACCAAGUCGAAGACAUUAUCGUCCAAGAUGGGCCUGAAUCCCCAGUCUUGGACGGUUUGUACGAAAAGAUCGAUUCUAUGGAUCCAUCUACUUUCGAAUCCAGAGCUGCCAUCAUCCUUACUGGUUUAGGUUUCAAUGGUACUACCAUCAAGAAGAAGACCAAGGACAUGUCCGGUGGUUGGAAAAUGAGAGUUGCCUUGGCUAAGGCCUUGUUCGUCAAGCCAACGUUGUUGUUGUUGGAUGAUCCAACUGCCCAUUUGGACUUGGAAGCCUGUGUUUGGUUGGAAGAAUACUUGAGUAGAUUCGAUCGUAUCUUGAUCUUGGUUUCCCAUUCCCAGGAUUUCUUGAACGGUGUAUGCAGCAACAUGAUCGACUUGAGAAUGCAGAAGAUCAUGAUGUUCGGUGGUAACUACGAUUCUUACGUUAAGACAAGAAUCGAAUUGGAAACCAACCAAACAAAGGCCUACCAAAAGCAGCAAGAAGAAAUUGUCCACAUCAAGAAGUUUAUUGCUUCCGCUGGUACCUACGCCAACUUGGUCCGUCAAGCCAAGUCCAGACAAAAGAUUUUGGACAAGAUGGAGGCCGAUGGUUUGAUCCAGCCGGUUGUUCCAGACAGAGUCUUUUCCUUCAACUUCGCUGAGGUUGAAAAGUUGCCACCCCCAGUGUUGUCUUUUGACGACAUCUCCUUCUCUUACGACGGUAAGCCAGAAAACAACUUGUACGAGCACUUGUCCUUCGGUAUCGAUAUGGACUCCCGUGUCGCCUUGGUCGGGCCAAACGGUGUGGGUAAGUCCACUUUGUUGAAGAUCAUGACUGGUCACUUACAGGCUCAGAAUGGUCGUGUCUCCAAGCACUCCCACAUCAAGAUGGGUGUCUACUCCCAGCACUCUGCUGAUCAGUUGGAUUUGUCCAAAACCCCAUUGGAAUUCGUCCGUGACAAGUUCUCUCACAUUUCGCAGGAUUUCCAGUACUGGAGAUCUCAGUUGGGUAGAUACGGUUUGACCGGUGAGGGCCAGACCUCCCAGAUGGCUACCUUGUCUGAAGGUCAGAGAUCCCGUGUUGUCUUUGCUUUGUUGGCGUUAGAAGCUCCAAACAUUUUGUUGUUGGAUGAACCUACUAACGGUUUGGAUAUCCCAACCAUUGAUUCUUUGGCUGAUGCCAUUAAAGCUUUCAACGGUGGUGUCUGUGUUGUUUCUCACGAUUUCCGUCUUUUGGACAAGAUUGCCAAGGACAUUUACGUCAUUGAGAACAAGACCGCUACCUUAUGGGAGGGUACCAUCCUUGACUACAAGAAGAAGCUUUCCAAGAAUGUUGUUCUUUAAGCACUUUAUACCCUUUUCGUGGGGUUUCGCACAUCCCGCUUGGUUUCAUUUUUCCAUUGCUUUUAUCAUGUAUCGGUCUUAGGCUUGUUUCAACUAAAUCACUUUUCUCUUUCUCAUUCAUAUUAUAUAUUUAUUACUUAUAGAUAUCCAGGUUUAAUUCUACAACUUAGUUCACUCAGU